AUGGAUCCUCCUCAUAGAUCUCAGAGUAAACAUCGAACCCCUUCGCAAAGUGCUCAAAUGCCCGGGCCUCAGAAGUUUAUACCAGACACCUCUCCGAGUCCGUUCACUUCGAAUUCGAAGUUGUUGCAGCGUAGUGUCGAGACUCGACACCCAACUCAGACUGUUUCUCUAGGAUGGCAAGAUGGAGAAGAUACCGUUGGUCAUACGUCGAGAUUACAAGUUGAGCUUGCAGAUAUUAUAGAAACGAAAACCGUUACCACAACCACCACGACCAAGCGAUCAUACCCUCCACUACUUUUUCAAAGCCCUCGACCACUUCAUAGCCUCGAUGCAAAGGAAUAUCCUUUAGCACUUAAGCCAACUCCUCCCGAACUUACUAAGAUUUUCUACGAAAUCGAUGGACAACAAAUGGAAUACGAGGAAUUUGACUUCCAAAACAUCAUGCACGAGGAUCUUGAAACCCAACCUCUCCGUAACCAUUAUCCACGCCGUCAAUCGAGGGAAGAUCGCGAGCAGUUCAGAGAUGGAUUGGAGAGAACAGGCCGAAUGGCGAGAUCAGUUGCAGAACCUAGCAACUUGAGAAAGCCUAUGAAAUCGAAAGGAAUACCCGAUUAUCGGCCCGCCAGCACUAGUUCGAGGCCCAGCAGUUCACAGGCACUAGAAGCUUUCAAGAAUGACGCCAAAGAUGCAGGUUCGCGACGUCGAAACCUCGGUCUUGUUAUGCACCUAUCCAAUUUACCAGCAACGCCCGAUAUGUCAGAAGUAGAGUUGUCUUCAAGAGAUGUCGCUCCACCAUUAGCUCCUCGAUUUCAAACUAAUGCACACGCACCCCAAUCCGGUCUAAGUCAAAACGACUCAUUUGAGAAUCUGGCAAGUCAGUUGGAAAUCGCCAACGAAGAACCGUUCAACGGCGCAGUUGCCACACCCCCAAUUGCAGAAUCCGACCUUGAGUCGUCUGGUCUUGAGGUGAGUUUUGAACAAGCACAGCGCCCGCAAUUAAACACUGUAGCUGCUCAAAACGCGAGCCUCCCUAGUCCUGGUCUUUCACCUACCGUUGCCUCUCCAGCAUUUGAUGAUGACGAUAUCGAGCUUACCAGCGAUACCCAGGAGACAUUAGACGAGGAUUCUCUUCAGGUAGCUGAGACGAACACAGCUCGAGAUCGCCGUAUCGGAUCUACAGGAUUACACUCGCAGAUGUCUACUCUUAUGGAUAUUGGUCCUAUGCUAGAUACUUUCAAUGCUAUGCCCGAUGAGAUGAAAACUCUCGUCAUGUACCAGCUGAGCCGAAGGUGCUCUAGGAAGACUCUUCGGGCUGUCACCGGUUUUGUCAAUCCUGCUUUGAUGUGCGAUUUUCUCGAUGAGCUUCCCACUGAACUAAGCCUGCAUAUCCUAAGUUACCUGUACCACAAAGACCUGUGCCGUGCAGCACAAGUUUCGAAGCGUUGGAGAAACGUUAUUGACUCCAAUGAAACAGGAUGGAAAGAACUUUUUGAUCGCGAUGGUUUCGUGCUCCAACCUGAAGAGCUCGAGCGAGCAAUACGCCAAGGAUGGGCAUGGCAGGAUCCCUACGGGCCGGAUGGCUAUGAAAUGGAUCUGAGCGUUAAAGACAGCUGUAAAUCAGUCAAUGGUGAAGUCGGUAUGCCUGGUAGCAGCAGCAAGAUUGAUGCAACUAGAAGAUCUCGGGCGGCCACUAAGAGAAAGCGGCCCACUGGAUGCUCGGGAUCGGAACGUGCAAAGCGGAGAGCAACAGGUAAUGACUUUUCGGCCAGAACACUAGAACUCGUGUCCAAAUACCACAAGUCUGAAGGCCCACUAAGCGCUGCUUCCGCUGCUGCAUUGGCUGUACCAGAUCCCCAAUUUGGUCUUCCAGAAUUACGGAAGCUUCAUCUCUUCAAAUCUUUGUAUCGUCGACACUAUUUUCUUCGUCAUAGCUGGACAAAUCGUGCCGUUGAACCUCAUCAUAUGGCUUUUAAAGCUCACCCAUCUCAUGUAAUUACUUGUCUUCAAUUUGAUGAUGAGAAAAUCUUGACAGGUAGUGAUGAUACAUGUAUUCAUGUCUACGACACGAAAACUGGAGCUCUACGCAAAAAGCUCGAGGGACAUGAUGGGGGUGUUUGGGCUUUACAAUACGAAGGAAAUGUUCUUGUUUCUGGUUCUACUGACCGUUCCGUACGCGUUUGGGACAUCGAAAAAGGCCUUUGCACUCAAGUAUUUCAUGGACAUACGUCAACUGUACGAUGCUUGCAGAUUCUCAUGCCGUCAGAGGCGGGCAAGACAGCCAGUGGCCAGUCUAUCAUGGUUCCGGAGCAGCCCCUUAUAAUAACCGGUUCUCGUGACUCUCAAUUACGCGUAUGGAAGCUACCCGCUCCAGGAGACAAGCGAUACAUUCAAACAGGACCGCCAACUAAUGAUGCUGAUUGCCCUUACUUCAUGCGCGUAUUAGCUGGACAUACACAUUCUGUUCGUGCCAUCGCAGCCCAUCAAGAUACGUUAGUAAGUGGUAGCUACGAUUGUACUGUGAGAGUAUGGAAAAUAUCAACGGGUGAAGUCAUGCAUCGUCUACAAGGACAUACCGCGAAGGUAUACAGCGUUGUUUUAGAUCACAAACGCAAUCGAUGUAUUAGCGGUUCUAUGGAUACAUACGUCAAAGUUUGGUCCCUCGAGACUGGUUCAUGUUUAUUCACUCUUGAAGGCCAUACGUCCCUUGUUGGCCUCCUGGACUUACGUGAGGAACGUCUUGUCUCAGCAGCUGCGGAUUCAACGCUGCGUAUUUGGGACCCGGAGAGUGGCGUUUGCAAGAGUACAUUGAGUGCCCAUACAGGUGCGAUCACCUGCUUUCAACAUGAUGGGCAAAAGGUCAUCUCUGGAUCAGAUCGCACUCUAAAGAUGUGGGAUGUCAAAACCGGUGAAUGCAUCAAGGAUCUUUUGGGCGACUUGAGUGGUGUCUGGCAAGUCAAGUUCGACGAACGAAGAUGUGUUGCGGCCGUCCAGCGUGAUAAUUUCACUUUUGUCGAGGUCCUUGAUUUCGGCGCAUCCCGUGACGGUGUCCCUAAAUCAGAACGUGGUCAUCGUAUCCUAUUGCGAGGAAUCGGCGAAACUGUCGAAGUUGGUGACUUUGCGAAUCCAUAA